CGCAGGUUGCGCACAUCCCGUAGCGGUUUCGAUAAUGGCGUCUGUCUCCGAGAUACGCUCGGCUUUGGAAAAAUGAAGCGCAGAAGAGCUUUUUUCCAGUGAAUAACGCGGGGUUUCCAUUCGCGGACGGACUUUGUCUCUCUUGCCGCGCGGCAGGUUCAGGUUCCGAUCUCAGUCGCAACGCGCAGCCCGAGAUGAUGAAGCUGAAGUCGAACCAAACGCGCACCUAUGAUGGAGACGGGUUCAAGAAGCGGGCCGCCUGCCUGUGUUUCAGGAGCGACGCCGAGCAGGAGGUGUUACUGGUGAGCAGCAGCAGAUAUCCAGACAAAUGGAUCGUACCUGGAGGAGGAAUGGAGCCCGAGGAAGAGCCCAGCGUCGCUGCCGCCCGAGAAGUCUGUGAAGAGGCUGGUGUCAAGGGCACUUUAGGAAGACUAGUAGGAAUAUUUGAGAAUCGAGAUAGGAAACACAGAACGUACGUCUACGUUCUCAUCGUAACUGAAGUUCUGGAAGAUUGGGAGGAUUCAGUAAACAUUGGGAGGAAAAGGGAAUGGUUCAAAAUCGAAGAUGCCAUAGAAGUGUUGCAGUGUCACAAACCAGUACAGGCCAGUUACUUCGCGGCUCUUAAAGAAGGCUGUCUGAACAGUAACGGGACGCCCCUGGUGGCCACAAUAGGAGGAGACCUGUCUCCCACCUACAGCAUUAAUCAGAGCUCCGUCUCUGAUAUCAGAUAACUAAUGCAAAACAUUGAUUAUUCUUUUUCAUUAAAAAAAGACACAAAAACGACGGUUUGCCAAGGCUUUUUGAGCACCGAGAAGGUGACGCAGACAUCAAGUGUUGGUUGAAUAUUCGAAACGAUGUUUUGUAAAUGUAACACUUUUGCUUUUCCUGUUUAAUCCUCCUUUCGUGCGGACUGUUGCAUGAAACCUGCGACUUUUAGCGGCCCAAGUGUGAGAUUAAACGAAUGCAAGAACUACUUUUUACUGUUGUGAUGUAAAAAUCUACACAUGGUGCGUCAGCAUGUGGCUUUCAGUAGUUUUACAUGUUCGAUUUCCUCUGUGUGCGUAUGUGUGAACGAGUUUUUCUUUAGUUCUCUUUCGGCGGUUGCGAGAGGAAACGUUUAGUCUUCUGAAUGGUGGAACUGUGAGAAGUUAACAGUUCAGCAUGAACACUGGUAUUUAUUUGUCUUUUGAGUUUGCGUGAUGCGAUGAAUGUUUAACCUGUGUUAAAUUGAUGCUCUUAACUUACCCUAUUUUGUCUUGCCAUCUUGUUAAUAACUUGUGGGCCUGCAAAAACAUAUUUAAUUUAUACUAGUACCUGAUUAGACUGGAGCGCAAUUCUACAAGCGCAUACUUUUUUUAAUCCAGUACAUUUCUUUCCAACCUGCUGAGGUUUGGAAGACUUAGAAUUUAGUAUUGCAAACUUUACAGUGAAUCUUGUGUGGAAAUGGGUGCCAUUAGCAGCACUAAUUCAUUGCAACUCAAUUGUUUAGACAUGUUCUGUGAGAGAGCGGUGGUAUGAUUUGGUAGGUCUUUAAAGUGCUGUAAUGGUUUUCUGUAGCACUUUUUAAAAUCAACAUGAAAACAAAAUAGACCCAUUGUACUUUUUCAUAUAUUUUCCUGGUUUCAUCAGUGCAACAUAUUGUGCAACUGCAAUCUCAUUCUGGUAUGAAACUCAAAAAUUCAUGAUGCAAUCACAUCCAGAUGGAUUAAAGUAGAAUUUAAUUAGUAAAACGUGUUGCACGUAUCAUGUUGACUUUAAGAAGUGCCACGGUAGAUAAGGGUGGACAGUUAAAUCAAGAAGUAGCUUGGAAAUCCUCUCCCUAAACUAGAAGAUUCACUUCGAUUUUCUAAGCAAUCUGUUGAAAAUCUAUGAAAGAUUAUAAUGUUACCUAGCAGUUUCAAAAAUCCUCACUAACAACAUGAAAUCAAAAUAGAGACUUUUUACCUUUUCUGUGUUUAAUGUAUUAUUGAGCAUGAUUCAUUUCAGUUCAUGUUGUUUCAGGUGAAAAAAAAUGCCAUCAAUAAUGAGCAGUUGAACUUUGCUAAAAUAAAAUGUAUGGAACAUACUGAAAUCUGAAUCUGUCAUUAUUUACCUAUCCUCAAGUUGUUUCAAAUCUGUAUGAGUUGUUGAGCACAGAAGAUGACUAAACAAUUUGAAACUUAACAAUUGAUGGUAGCCACUGACUUCCAUAAUAUGGAAAAAAAAUAUUAUAUGAUGGAAGUCAAUGGUGACCAACAACUACUUAUUGUAUUGUUGUGUUUAACAGCAGAUUGAAGCUCAUACAUGUUUGGGACAUCAUGAAGGUAAGUAAAUAACAUUUUUUCUCUUUAAGAAAGUAAAAUGGGUUUCAAGUUCAUUUUAGCUGUUAGCAGAUUGUUUUUUUUUUUUUGCACAAAACUAGCUCUAGUCUGCACUAGGACAGUUUUCACAUCGUGUUUUCAAAGGGCACUUUUUAUGGAUGUUCAGCAGACCCCUGAAAUUGUUUCAUCUUUGGCUAUUAAUAUUCUUCUGACAAUUGCUGAAGUUGUUUUCUGUCCUUCCGUUUUCUUGGACUUCAAGUCCCGCUGAUGAGGUAUUUGGUUGUUUUAACCUCUCACCCUUUUCAGAAAUGACCAUAUCAUCAACUAGAACUCAUUUAAACAUCUUCUCUUUUGAAAUGUUUAAUAUGUUGUGAAAGCCGAACUGCACGCUCUGUUAAGCGCUUGGCGAAAUACUGUGAAUCUUGAGCCACUGUAGUUAGCGAGAUGUUUUGGUGUCUUCUAAACGCUUUUGUACAGAUCAAAACGUCAAAUUGCAGUGCUUGUCAUUAUGAUGUAUAGAUAUGGUGCACGCCAGGUUGGGUGAUUUAUUUCCUCUAGACUGAACCACAUCGUUUUGCUCCUCUGGGAGUUUUAAGUGCAUUUAUGAUCCUUAUGAAGUACAUUUUUAAUUCAAGAUUUCGUAAUAUUGUUAGUGUGACUGCAAAAUGAGUAAUGAUGAACCUAAAACGUGAAUGAACAUACUUUUAUCUGUCAUUUAUGUUUACAUGCCUUUGAUUAAUAUGUCAACACUAAUGCCAUCGAUUUUCCAGCUGAUUGCAAGUCUUUCUCUUUCACUUUUAGCGUAGCAUGUAAUAGCUAAUCUGGUCUGUUUUCUUGAUUGAGAUACGUGAUGAUGGCCAUACUAAUGUACACUUCAUUUAGCACAGAUGCAUAAUAAAAACGUUUUGACUCCUGUA